AUGGGUGGACAAGGUGAAUAUGGCUCGCGUGGAUGGGCAUCUGUGCAGUUGGGCCACGGGCUUUCACCCCCGAAAUCUCUCAUGUCGGCUAGAUGGGGGGUUCCUGAAUGGCUCAUACAAUCCAUGGAGGUGGAAGCUCUUCAUGUCAUUCGGGAGAAGACGUCCUUACCCGUGCCAGAGGUAUAUGCCUGGGGCCUUGCAAGGGAGAAUCGACUUGGUUUAGGGGCUUUCAUACUGAUAAACUUUAUACAUGGUAUUUGCCUCGGUGAGGUGUUUGGUGGAGGCAGUUCGAGACUAAUCAGGGAAGAUAUCCCCGAUGCCGAUAUAGAAUUCCUUUACAGGCAAAUGGCGCAUUUCAUGUUGCAGUUUUACAGGAUAGAUUUCAGCCAGAUUGAAAGCCUGCCGACGUUGCAAACGAAGUUCCCUGCGCCCGGUCAUCCGCUCACAUGGAAGGCACAUGAGAUACUAAGGGCAGGAGGUGUUGAUACUUUGGUCUGUGUCAAGACUGGCGACAACUACGGCUCCAACCAAAUUCAAUUGCGGGUCCCCACAGUGCAAGAUCGAGAUACGCCUCGUUGA